GGCGGAAAAACGAUUCCGCCUCUGGAGAUAAACCUUGAACGGCAGUUUAGCCAACCAAUGAGAAACGCUUCUUCAUCCCCCUUGGGAGGCACCGAGCUCCGUCGGCUCGUUUCCGGCGGUCGCGCGCUCUUUUCUCGGGACGGUACAGGUCGUGUAGCGUCUCCGUUACUCCGAGGAAAGAACAGUCGGUGGAGGAGAAGUCCAGCUUAGGACUGGGAGGCAUUUGGCUGUCCUCAAAGUUGAGGGUAGAAAAAUGCAGAGCAAUAAAACCUUUAACUUGGAGAAGCAAAACCAUGCUCCAAGGAAGCAUCAUCAGCAUCACCACCAGCAGCACCAUCAGCAGCAGCAGCAGCAGCAGCAACAGCAAGCACCAAUACCCGCUAAUGGGCAACAAGCCAGCAGCCAGAAUGAAGGCUUGACCAUUGACCUGAAGAAUUUUAGGAAACCAGGAGAGAAGACUUUCACCCAGCGUAGCCGUCUCUUUGUGGGAAAUCUUCCUCCGGACAUCACUGAGGAGGAAAUGAGGAAACUAUUUGAGAAAUACGGGAAGGCAGGAGAGGUCUUCAUUCAUAAGGAUAAAGGCUUUGGCUUUAUCCGCUUGGAAACAAGAACCCUAGCGGAGAUUGCCAAAGUGGAGCUGGACAAUAUGCCGUUACGUGGAAAGCAGUUGCGUGUGCGCUUUGCCUGCCAUAGUGCAUCCCUUACUGUCCGAAACCUUCCUCAAUAUGUCUCUAAUGAGCUGCUGGAAGAAGCCUUUUCUGUUUUUGGCCAGGUGGAAAGGGCUGUAGUCAUUGUGGAUGAUCGAGGAAGGCCCUCAGGAAAAGGCAUUGUUGAGUUCUCAGGGAAGCCAGCUGCUCGGAAAGCUCUGGACAGAUGCAGUGAAGGCUCCUUCCUGCUAACCACAUUUCCUCGGCCUGUGACUGUGGAACCCAUGGACCAGUUGGAUGAUGAAGAGGGACUUCCAGAGAAGCUGGUUAUUAAGAAUCAGCAAUUUCACAAGGAGCGAGAGCAGCCACCCAGAUUUGCACAGCCUGGCUCCUUUGAGUAUGAGUAUGCCAUGCGCUGGAAAGCGCUCAUUGAGAUGGAGAAGCAGCAGCAAGACCAAGUUGACCGCAAUAUCAAGGAGGCGCGCGAGAAGCUGGAGAUGGAGAUGGAAGCUGCUCGCCAUGAGCACCAGGUCAUGCUGAUGAGGCAGGAUUUGAUGAGGCGCCAAGAGGAACUCCGGAGAAUGGAAGAGUUGCACAACCAAGAAGUGCAAAAACGGAAGCAACUGGAGCUCAGGCAGGAAGAGGAGCGCAGACGCCGUGAAGAAGAGAUGCGACGGCAGCAGGAAGAAAUGAUGCGGCGACAGCAGGAAGGAUUCAAGGGAACCUUCCCUGAUGCGAGAGAGCAGGAGAUACGGAUGGGCCAGAUGGCCAUGGGAGGUGCUAUGGGAAUAAAUAACAGAGGUGCCAUGCCACCUGCUCCUGUGCCAGCUGGAACCCCAGCACCUCCAGGACCUGCCGCUAUGAUGCCAGAUGGAACCUUGGGAUUGACCCCACCAACAACUGAACGCUUUGGCCAAGCUGCUACAAUGGAAGGAAUUGGAGCAAUUGGUGGAACCCCUCCUGCAUUCAACCGUGCAGCUCCUGGAGCUGAAUUUGCUCCAAACAAACGUCGCCGAUACUAAUAAAGUUGCAGUGUCUAGUUUCCCAAAACCCUUUUAAAAAAUGACCCUUUUUGGACUAGCCAGAAUUCUACCCUGGAAAAGUGUUAGGGAUUCCUCCCAAUAGUUAGGUCUUUCCCACCUGUACUACUUGAGGGAGUAUACUGGAGGCAGAGGGCAGGGGAGGGGUUGGUGUCUAACUGGUUUGCUUCAUCAGUUUUGUGUGGUGCAUUCCUGAAGUCUCAAAUGUAACUGCUGAGGGUCUCGGAAACUGUGACAAAAUGGAUCCAGUUAGAACUCCAUUAAUCUUGAUCAUUCCGGUUUUUGUCCAUUCUGUUUUAUUUGCUUUCUCAUCCCUACAUCACUUCCUCCUCUACAAGCUCCAGAGACACUGCCACACAUACCACAAAAACAAAACAUCCCCCCAAUGACCUUAGCCCCAUUGCUUCAUUCCCAGGUGAGAAUUCAGGCAAAUGUCCACAGAGGUCACAGCUUAUACAUGGUUCUGUUCUAUCCCAAUAUAUUACUCCAUCAUGUCCUAAGGUUAAGACAUUUUCUCUUAGAGAUUUUCAUUUUAGUAUAUCUUUAAACAGUUUUGUGUUAACUUGCCUCCAUCUUUUUCUUGGGUAAGAGCAACUCAAGAAUGGCGCUUUUGUGUCUUUUGAUGUUACCAUUCACAGCUUUUCGUGAUAGGCUUAGUACAAUCUUGGGAACAGGGUUGCUGUAUGCUGAAGGUCUGACAGUAGCUCUUAGCAUUGCCUAUCUUAGGUAGUACGCUGUGCAUUUUCUAUUGAUGUGUCUGCGGUUGAUUUGUCCCUGAUACAUUAAAUUUGGAGUUUUUCUGAGAAAUGGAGCAGUAAUGCAGCAUCAACUUAUUAAAAUACAUUUUAAGCCUUUUAA